CAGAGGAUGUAUAAUAGAGAUAUCCUAUGCCCUUAAUGGGGCAUCUAGGUGGAACAGCAAAUAGAGUGCCUGGCCCCAAGUCAGGGAAACUCCUCUUCCAGAGUUCAGCUCUGAUCUUAGAAAUUUACUAGGUGUGUUGCACUUGGCAUGUCACUUAACCCUAUUUGCCUCAGUUUCCUCAUCUGUAAAAAUGACUUGAAGAAGGAAAUGGCAAACCACUAAAGUAUUUCUGACAAGAAAACUCCAAAAGGGAUCACAAAGAGUUGAACACAAACGAAAAAUGACUAAACAAUAAAUGCCCUUAAUUAGACGAUAGGGUUUGGUUUUAUUUUUUGAGGGAGGGGGCAGAGGAGAGAGCCAUGUGGCAUUCUUCACACCUUACAAAGUGCUCUAGCAUAGUGCCGAGUAUAGAGAUACAGAGCAGACAUUCCAAAUAUUUACUGAUGGCUGAUAUGGCUCAGGGCACCGUAGGUGCCUGUUAGCAGACAGAAGCAGGUGGGGAGUCUGUAGGUGUGGCCAAGCAUUGCCUGGUACACUAGAAGAGCAGCUCAGAUGACUCAGUCCCUGUGAGAAAAGUGCAGAAAGAGCCAGGGCUCCCCUCUGAGUCUGUCCUAUUAGGAGAAGGGAGCCUCCUUCCUUCUUUGCCUCCUCUGCCUCCUCACACCCCCUUGGGGGAGCUGUCUCUUUAAGGAAAGGCAGUAGCUUACAUAGUAGCAAGCCAGUCCUGCCUCCCCUGGCUGUUCUGGGUUAGAGCUGGGAUAGUGGAAGGAGCGAGGAACAGCCGCUGGAGUGAGUUUGUGUGGGGGGAGCAGGCCUGAGACCGAGCAGAACAUCCUCAUGCAUCUGUGCCCUCGGAAGGACCCCCCUACCCCACCCCUGAUCUGUUGCCCUCAGCUUCCGCCCCCAGGCUCUGGCUCUUAGACACAAGAUGGCCAUUCUUAAAGACUGAGCUCAGGAUCUGUAAAAAGAAAGUUGGGAAGUAGCUGGAUCAACUUGGUCACGAUGAGUAGAUAACGGUGUCCCAACUGACCAUGGCCCCCUGGAAGAGGAGUCGUCAUGGCCUGGGCUUUCUCUGCUGUUUUGGGGGCAAUGACAUCCCUGAGAUCAACCUUCGGGAGAACCACCCACUGCAGUUCAUAGAAUUCUCCGCCCCCAUGCCACCUGCAGAGGAGCUCAAUGCCCGCUUUGCAGAGCUUGUGGAUGAGUUGGAUCUCACAGACAAAAACAGGGAGGCCAUGUUUGCACUGCCACUGGAGAAGAAAUGGCAGAUCUACUGCAGCAAGAAGAAGGAACAGGAGGACCCCAACAAGUUGGCAACCAGCUGGCCAGAUUAUUACAUCGAUCGGAUCAACUCCAUGGCAGCCAUGCAGACUCUGUAUGUCUUUGAUGAAGAGGAAACAGAGAUGAGGAACAAAGUUGUUGAAGACCUGAAGACAGCUCUUCGAACUCAGCCCAUGAGAUUUGUGACUCGGUUCAUUGAGCUGGAUGGAUUGACCUGUCUCUUGAACUUCCUUCGGAGUAUGGACCAUGCCACCUGUGAGAGCCGAAUCCAUACAUCCCUCAUUGGCUGCAUCAAGGCAUUGAUGAACAAUUCCCAGGGCCGUGCCCAUGUAUUGGCACAACCUGAGGGCAUUAGCACCAUUGCCCAGAGCUUACGCACUGAGAACUGCAAAACCAAGGUGGCUGUGCUUGAGAUCCUGGGUGCUGUCUGUCUGGUGCCUGGUGGUCAUAAGAAGGUGCUUCAAGCUAUGUUGCACUACCAGGUGUAUGCUGCUGAGAGGACCCGCUUCCAGACCUUGUUGAAUGAGCUGGAUAGAAGCAUGGGGCGCUACCGGGAUGAAGUGAAUCUGAAGACAGCCAUCAUGUCCUUCAUUAAUGCUGUCCUCAAUGCUGGUGCUGGGGAGGAUAAUCUGGAGUUUCGAUUGCAUCUGCGAUAUGAGUUCCUAAUGUUGGGAAUACAGCCUGUGAUUGACAAACUUCGGAGGCAUGAAAACGCCACACUGGACAAGCAUUUAGACUUCUUUGAGAUGGUCCGAAAUGAGGAUGACUUGGAAUUAGCCAGAAGGUUUGACAUGGUACACAUUGAUACCAAGAGUGCAUCACAGAUGUUUGACCUGAUCCAUAGGAAGCUGAAACACACAGAAGCAUAUCCCUACCUGCUCUCUAUGCUGCAGCACUGUUUACAGUUGCCUUAUAAACGGAAUGGUGGGAGCAUCUAUCAUUGGCAGCUCCUUGAUCGGAUCCUCCAGCAGAUCGUCCUACAGGAUGAGAGGGGCGUGGACCCUGAUUUGGCACCCCUGGAGAACUUCAACGUCAAAAAUAUCAUCAAGAUGCUAGUCAAUGAAAAUGAGGUGAAUCAAUGGCGAGAACAGGCUGAGAAAUUCCGAAAAGAGCACGCAGAACUGGUGAGUCGGUUAGAACGGAAGGAGAGAGAAUGUGAGACAAAAACUAUGGAGAAGGAUGAGAUGAUGAAGACUCUGAACAAGAUGAAGGACAAGCUGGCCAGAGAGUCCCAGGAACUACGUCAAGCUCGGGGACAGUUGGCAGAAUUGGUAGCUCAGCUUAGGGAGUUCUCGACCACUGGUACUGUGUCUUCUCCACCGCCUCCAGGAGGACCCCUCUCACUUCCCUCCAUGACCUCCAUUGACUUGCCUCCACCUCCACCUCCUUUGCCUUUCUCCUGCAGCCCCCCACCCCCACCCCCACCUCCUCCACCAGGUGGGCCUCCUCCUCCUCCAGGGGCACCCCCUUGCUUUGGCAUGGGGAUGCCCCCUCCUCUAGCCUCUCUCCCUAGCAGCUGCCCACCCCUCAGGAAGAAAUCUAUUCCACAGCCUUCCCAUCCUCUGAAGUCUUUCAACUGGGUAAAGUUGAAUGAGGAACGAAUCUCUGAUACUGUGUGGAAUGAGAUUGAUGAUCUUCGAGUAUUUCAGGUCUUGGACCUGGAGGACUUAGAAAAAAUGUUCUCAGCCUAUCAGAGGCAUCAGGACCUGCUAACUAAUCCUUCUUUUAAGCAGAAAGAGAUGGGCUCCACCGAAGACCUCUACCUGACCACAAGAAAGGUCAAAGAACUCUCAGUCAUUGAUGGCCGAAGAGCCCAGAACUGUAUCAUCCUCCUUUCCAAAUUGAAGCUCUCUAAUGAGGAAAUCCGACGAGCUGUCCUCAAGAUGGAUGAGGAGGAGGACCUGGCUAAAGACAUGUUGGAGCAGCUUCUCAAAUUCAUCCCUGAGAAAAGUGAUGUGGACCUGUUGGAGGAACACAAGCAUGAGAUAGAUCGAAUGGCCCGGGCUGACCGUUUCCUCUAUGAGAUGAGCAGGAUUGAUCACUACCAGCAGCGUCUACAGGCUCUCUUCUUUAAGAAAAAGUUUCAAGAGAGGUUGGCGGAAACCAAACCUAAAGUAGAAGCCCUCCUGCUGGCCUCCAGGGAACUGACACGCAGCCGCCAAUUAAAGCGACUCCUGGAAGUUGUCCUCGCCAUCGGUAACUACAUGAACAAGGGUCAACGAGGGGGAGCUUAUGGCUUCCGAGUCUCCAGCCUCAACAAGAUCGCUGACACCAAGUCCAGUAUUGACAGGAACAUCUCAUUGCUCCAUUACCUAAUCAUGAUUUUGGAAAAGAAUUUCCCAGACAUCCUGAACAUACCUGCUGAGCUUCAGCAUCUCCCCGAGGCUGCUAAAGUCAACCUGUCAGAGCUAGAGAAGGAGAUAAACAACAUCAGAAAAGGGCUGAGAGCUGUGGAAGUGGAACUAGAAUAUCAGAAGCACCAGAAAAGGGAGUCGGGAGAUAAGUUCAUCCCAAUCAUGAGUGACUUCAUCACUGUUGCCAGCUUCAGUUUCUCAGAGCUGGAGGAUCAGCUCAAUGAGGCCAGGGAUAAGUUUGCCAGGGCACUGAAGCACUUUGGAGAACCUGAGGGCAAGAUGCAGCCGGAUGAGUUUUUUGGCAUCUUUGACACCUUCCUACAAGCCUUCUCUGAGGCCCAACAGGAUCUAGACACCAUGAGGCGAAAGAAGGAAGAGGAGGAGAGAAGGGCACGAAUGGAAGCCAUGCUGAAGGAACAGCGGGAGCGGGAGCGACGACAGCGAAAGGCAGCUGUUGGUGUCAGCUCCUUGGAAGAGAGCGGAGAGUUUGAUGACCUGGUGUCUGCUCUGCGCUCAGGUGAAGUCUUUGACAAGGACUUGUCCAAGCUCAAAAGAAGCCGUAAGCGGUCAGGGACUCAAAUGCUGGAAAUAAGCCGGGAGCGGGCAGUGAACAAGCUAAAUUAUUGACUUGGAGACUUUGGCGGCAGGAAGAGGAUGACUUCUGCUCAAGGAAACUGAGAGAGGAUGAAAGGGGCAAAGUAGGGGGUUGCCUAAUUGGGUGCUUAAGCUGGAUUGGGGGCAGUGAUGUGUGGCUGACCUAAGGAUGUCCCCCUUACUUGAGGGGCUUUCUUUUAGUCCCUUCCUUGUGUCCUGCCCUCCAUUCUGUUGUGGCUGACUCCUGCUCCAAAAGCAUCUCCAGUUAUGUCUCUUGUUACUCAGCCAGAGGUCCUGGGACUUCCCAGGGAUGCCUAGAAGUUGCGCUGAGGGUCCACAGCCCCACCUAGGUACCCACAUGUUGGCAUAGAAUGGUUCUAGCAUCUCAUAGAUCAGCUCAGAGCCCCCACUAAAGGCAAAACAAGAUGUUUCACUGACAGGGUAGUUGGAGCGGGGCAUUUGCUUUGUAUGGCCUCUGAGAGCUUUUUAAAGCCCAUAGUCUUCUCAGCCUUGGUACUAAUGCCCCUUUCUCCUGGAGCAUCUAGGUCAGGGACAGGACUGGUGGCAAACUUGGAGACAAAACGUUCUAGUUGGAUGAAUGAGAGAAAGGGGGGAAAAUGGAAUUCAUGGAAGCUGCCAAAACACAAACAAGUUUUUUUUUUUUUUUAAUCUUCUACCCUAAGAGUGCUUAUGCUUAUCUAAGGGGUAGAAUGGAAAGACAAAUGGAGGAAGUAUGUAAGUGUGGCCAAAGCAAAAAAAAAAAAAGUGGUUCAAGGAGCAGGAAGAGUCUAGAUCAGGUACAAGCUGCAGAAUUGAGUUAUUUUCCUCAGCAGAGUUUUGGUGUAGAAGGGAGACUCAAUGUGGAUAGAAACUGCCUGAGCCUCUAUCUUACCUUCAGUGAAACAUUAAUUUUGGAGCCCAAGUCAGGAACUUGGGCUUAUGUAUGAACUAUAUUCCCUACCCUCAGAAUGGAAUCUGGCCUGCCACAGUUCCUUCUCCCUUUUCUUGGAGGAGAAUGAUUUGGGAUCAGCUGCCUGGGCCUCUUUCCAAACCCCACCCCCACUUCUGGAACACAAACUCUGGACACCCUGCUCUCUCUGCCUCCCACAACCUACACCUCACCCUUGUCCCCCACCACACACAUGCACCCAUUCAAAUGUACAUAUACCCACUGACCAUUGUCCUGGAGACAUGGAAUAUGUGGGCUCUCUGUCAGGAGCCCAGAAAACACCAGCACCUCAGCCCUCAGUUGUUUUUUCCUGCUCUCUUAAAGAAUCUUCUUUUCUCACAGCCUCAUUUCUUUCAGAGUCUGCCUAAUUCCCAAUGCAUGCUUGUCUCAUAAAAGUGGAAGCAAUCAGUCCCUUCUCUGCCCUGGCCAUCCAGGCCUUCCCUGUCUUAGGGAAAAUCUUGGGGUGCCUUGGAGGGGCAGAGUGCCAUUUAGAAGAAAAUUAUCUCUUCCCUCAGCUGGAGUGAACCAUCAUUGGCGAUGGAUGAGACAAGUCAUUUCUCCACAGCUUUCAAGAGAUGGUCACGUAUUUAAAAACUGUACCCUGCAAACCAGGCCCAAUAUAGCCAGUCCGUGUUUACAUAUCUCCAAUGAGGGAUUUACCAUUUAGGACCAGUGGGCCAAGCUCAGACCCAAGAACAGGAGGGUUGUGGAUUCAAAGAAUUGAGUGGCCGAUGUGACUCCCUUCAAAAAGUGGUCACAAAGGGCAGAGCUUGGAGCCAAGAGGUGGGUAUGGCCUCUAGCUACUUACCUUCCAAAUCUAUUUCCUACUUUCCAGCUGCUGAACUAGGGAGCCCUGCUUGGAGAAAGGAGGAUAGCUAGGGGGGCAGGUUGACAAGAUGACCUGCUGGUAGAGGUUCUUGUCCAUCCUCUAUCCCCCACGAUCUUAACUCUCAUCUUACAGUGUCCUUUGGGGAGCUCACUGACACCCUGCCCUCUACUUCCUGGUUCUCAAGGAAUCAGGAAGACCAGAUCAUGGCAGAGGCAAGAAGUCUAAUUUGCAGUGGACUUUCCCCAUGCGUUUAUCAUGAUCUUAAAGCCUUUAAGUGCCUUCUACUUGGAGUUACUACCAGAUUCCCUUCGUGUCUCUAUAGCAUUUGUUCUCUCUGACUAACUCUGCCUACUCGGGGUGGCCUGAGCUCUCCAGCUGCCAUUCUUCUGGCUUUGUCUCAGAUUAAAUUCUUUGGGAAGCGGAGGGGGCAGGGAGCAUCCUGGGUGAUCAAGGUGAUUCGAGGCAAGGCAUCAGAGCCUUGUCUGAGAGAGAGGAGAGGGGAGGCGGAACUGCCCCCUGAGGAGCAUGUGCUCAGCAUGUGUGAUGUGUGAGUUGGGCCUAAGGAAAGGGCUGAGGGAAUGGGGUGAUGUUUUCACCCAAGUAUAGGCUGGACAGGGUCAAAGACAGGAAAGAGGAAAGAGCCCGGUGGUUUGGACUGGGGGUGUUGGGGAGGGGUGUGAUUAUUGUUGCUGUCCUCUGGAGUUCUGACUAAAAGCUCUCUCUCUCUCACAGACACUCCCUAGUCCCAAGGAGGCACUGGGAAGGAUUUCAGCCACAUUUGUCCAAGGAGUGAAUGGGAUGGAAAGUUGGGAUAUUGGGAAAGGUGUUCGUUUGACCAAUUUAGUAGGACUUUUCUCUGUCCUGGUGUAUGCCCAUGAUGUAAACCACUUCUUGCCCCCUUCUCCUCCCAAGCCAUAAAGCAAACAGUGUUAGUACCCCUUCCCCCUGCCCCUACAACAUAGCCCCGCUCCAUAGAGGGUGGCACACAGUAGGGCAGCCUAGCCAGAGCAUGUGUUUCUUUUUCCUGGCAUCCCCUUUAUACUGCCACAGAAAAGUCUCAGAUUCUGACAUCUGGAGAUACCUGGUAGAAAUUGUGCCUUUCUGUCCAGGAGUACAUGGCACAUGCAGUUUUGUUUAGUCUGUUUCUGUUUUAGAUAAGGCCCGUCACCCCUAGGAGCCCGAUUUCUAUUUAUUGUUCCCUAGUUCCUGCUGGCCCAGAGGGCCGAUGGGGGGCAGUGGAGGCUGCUUGGCAAGAUUAAACUCCCCAUCAUCACCCCCAACAGACAGACUGAAGAGGCUGGCCCAGUGAGAAUUGGGGGUGAGGGGAGCCACUGACCCAUGUCCCAUUGAGUCUGGGUCAAUCUGGUACCUGGUGUACUGCCUUGUUUUAAUCUCUUAAGUUUUGUCCUUUGCCCUCCUCCCUCUGGUCUGCCUUUUCUUGGGGUACAUUUUCCCCACUGUCUAAUUUUACAUCAGAUGCAGAAUUCAUGGUUGAUGUAAUGUAACUUCCCUUCCCUGUCCUCCCCCAGCACCCUUGAACUUCCCCUUACCCCCAAGGAAGAACCCAGACCUGACCUACCCUUGGCCUCCAUCUCCAUAUCUCACAUGAGGAAGCUUGCUGGAGGAGAAAUCUAAGGCAGGGGUGGGAGGGGGAAAAUGUAUCUCCUCCUCUUGUCAGUCUUUCCCAAACCCCCAAGCUGGGGCUGUCCCUUUCCAUCAGUCACACCUCAGUGGCACUGUCACAUUCACCAGCUAUCUCAGACAAUGAGUCUAAUGUACAAAAUCUGUAGUGUCCUUUUUAUUCGCACCUUUUUUUAUAAGAAUAUACUGUAAUACUAAAAAUAUUAAAUCCGUACAGCCCCA